GACUGAAACCAGUCGUACAAUCGGGAUCUGGAAACGCUUGACUUUCAAAACAGAAACAAAAUGUCGACGUUUGUUUACAACAUUUGUUCUCGGCACACAUUGUGUGUUAAUCAUAAUGAAUUUAAGAAUGUGCUUGAAUUAAAACAUUUUAUAACACAACAACAGAUUGGUUUAGCAGACUGUUUCUUAACAUGCAAUGGUGCAAUUGUUGCUGAUGAUGAGCCAGUCAGAGAAAAUGUUGUCUAUCAGACAUGCUUCAGAAUACCAGGCGGAAAGGGAGGUUUUGGUUCCAUGUUACGUGCUAUUGGUGCCCAGAUUGAGAAGACGACCAAUCACGAGGCUUGCAGGGAUCUCAGUGGACGUAGAAUGAGGGAUGUGAACAACGAAAAAGACUUGAAGGACUGGCUGGCCAAGCAGGCAGACCGAGAACGAGAGAAGGAGGAGAAGCGCCAGGAGAGGUUGGCACGACGACGGGCCCUGCCGAACCACAAGUUUGAGGACCCCACGUACGAGCAGCAGCGCUCGCAGCUGGCGGAGAACCUUGACGAUGCCUUACAGACUGGUUUAAAAAAGCUGGUUCCUAAGCCAGGGACUUCAUGCACUGUCACCUUAGAGACAGAGCUGGGAACCAAACGGAAAAACAGCAGUCUGGACGCAGGGCCCAGCAAAAAGAAGAAAGAUGUAGAAUGGUUGGGUAUCAAUGUUGACAUCAGUGACCUGGACAGUGGAGAAGAUGACCAGUCUGAAGAUUCAAAAGGGGAGGCAACUGGUGGACCAAACAGUGAAGAUUCAUCAGGGGCACGUAAUUCUGACAGUAAUCAGGCAGGGGAUAAUUCAAAUGAUGGCAAAACAGAAUUGGGGAGGGAAGACCAGGAGGAACCUUGUGCUGAGAAAACAGAUGUUCAAGAGAACAAGAGUAAAAUGUUCAUUUCAGAGGAAUGUACUGGAGUACAGAAACCAACUGAAAUAGUAACCCUGGAGUUAGCUUGUAGUGCUGAACACCUGCAGAGGAAUGGCCUGGAAUGGCUGAAACAGGAACUGAUGGAGAGGGGGCUUAAGUGUGGAGGGACCCUUGAGGAGCGGGCACACAGGCUGUUCUCUGUUAAGGGUCUCUCUCGCGACCAGAUUGAUCCAGCUUUGUUUGCAAAGGCAUCGAAAACUGCGAAGAAUAAGAACAAUAAGAAUUGUUAAAACUGACAUUUAAGCAUUUUUGUGAUGAAUGUAUGAAACUAGUUGAGUGACUGACAAUGAAUAAAUGAAAAAGAGAUGAAGAUAUGAUAUGGGCUGGCCUUUUUUCAUUUGUGCAGACAGAAAAAAGACAAUUGAAAGAUAUUUACACACAUUUCAUUUUCCUCAACUUUUACAGUUCUGCUUACUGGUACUUAACAUGAAACAUUGUAUAAAAGUUGUUUGCAAUUUUUAGAGAAUUAUAUUUUCUAAGUAUAUCUUCUAAGUACAUCCCACAUGUUCCUGUAAAUAAAAAAAAAUAAAAAAUGGAUGCUGUAAAUACUAUGGUGAAUGUAUUAUGUUACAUUACUAUAAAUUGAAGUUGUUCAUGCUCUCCAAAAUACACAGUCAUGUUUGUUUUAUUUGUAUAAAAUGUGAGGAUUUAAUAAAUGUUUUCAUUGUUUUAAAGUAACAUUACUAUUAAAAAACCAACGAACAUUUCGUACAAUUGUUCGUAAAAUAAACUUAACCAAUUAAAAAUCAGUGUUCCUUAUGGCAAUUGCCGAAAUUUCAACGUCAGAUGUGGUCUGGUAAAAUAGAUGUUUGUAGAUACAAAAUGCUCGUAUUUAUUAUUGAUUUGAAUAUCUAUUCAUACGACACAUGAACACUAAAAUGGUGUCCGUGUGUCGUAUGAACAGAUAUAUUCGCGGGAAUUAAUUGUGGCCACAAAUAAAUAAAAACAAGCAUUUUGUAUCUACAAAAAUCUAAGUAAUCAUACCACAUCUAGCGUUGACAUUUUGGCUACUGCUAUAAGGAACACUGAUUGUUAAGGUGUUAACUUUAUUUUACGAAAUACUUAACGAAAUUUUCGUUGAUUUUGAGCGUUAAUAGAGACUUUAAUAUUUUAGCAUGUGAUUUUUAGAGCUUAUGUGAUCAGUCUUGUGCGUUGUCAACCUUCGCCUUUCUGUUGUUGCCACUCUAGAGGCCACAUUUUUCAUUCAGUCUUAAUAAAACUUGGUCAGAACGUUUACCUUGACAAUAUCAAGACCAAAUUUCAAAUUUUGGUCAUGUGUGUCAAAAAGGUAAUUCAUGGGGUCAGAUUUUAGGAAACCCUUGUUAACACUCUAAUAACCACAUGUAUAGCUCAAUCUUAAUGAAACUGACUUAUCUCCACAAAUUAUGACCAAUACUCAAUCUGGGUCACUGCUCACAGAUGUCCAAAAAUUAUGUCACUUUCAAGUAUAAGAAAAAACAAUGUUACCACGCUAGAAUCAACCUUUAUGACUUGAUUAAACAUAUUGAGAAUGUUUAUCUUUACAAUAUCUAUGCCAAGUUCUAAACUUACGCAUAUUUGUCCAAACACUAGGACAUUAGGUCAAAUCUUACAAAAAACAUGUAACCACUCUAGAAGCUACAUUUAUGAUUUAUUCUUGAUGAAACUUUGUCAAAUGCCUCUCCCUGCUAGAACUAUGUCACCAGGUCAAAUAUAUUGCCACUAUAGAAUCAACAUGUAUGACUCAAUUAUGAUGAACCAUGGUCAAGAUAAUGUCUUGACAGUAUGAAGGCCAUGUAGUGCCCGUUCAAACACUAGCAUACCGGGUCAAGUCUUAUAGAUUGGUUUACCAUGAACUCACAUGAGCACUUUAGUGGCAUCAUGACCCUCUCAUUUAUGUGUUCUUAUGUGCAUCAUUUACUAUUGACUGUUUGUUGUGUUCUGACACAGAAAGAUUUUAAACUGUUUGAUAUUAUUAGCUAUUUCGUAAGAUGGAUUGCUUUCAACAUAAAAAUAUGGAUAUACCGCAUUAUGUAUUAAUUAUCCUUCUCUGUGUGUAAACUUUUUGCUGGUAUGUAAAUUAUAUGAAAGAGUAUUUGCAUUGAGGAGAAGUUAACUGAAUAACAAUUGUUGAAGUAAAAUGAAAUAAAUGAUAAAAAGGUAUUUAAAAAGGU